AAAGUAUCAUAUGUUUGUAAGCUCCAAGGAGAUUCUAGACCAACAUAAAUGGCAAUGAUCUUGCAAACCAUUUAAGGUUGGUAUUAGAGUGGAGGGAAUGCUAAAUUCCAAUACAGUCCUAUUUGGAAGUCAUUGGCGUGCUGGCAGCAUCAGGUAGUAGAUCUAUGUCGUUAAAAUGGAAGAAGGAGAAGGAAGACAAUUUUGAGGAGCUGGGUGAGGCUGAAGAAAUCGGCCAAGAAUAUGGAGGAUUUGACUACAAGAAGAAACAAAAACCACACGUCUCCUACCAGCAGAGCAUCAAGUAUUUUGAUAGUGCAGCAUUUAGAAAAGCUUAUGGCUCAGACAAAAUAUGGAUGAGAUACAGGAGGAAUUACAAAGGAAACAUUAUGCCCAAGCCUCGGUACACUUGUACACACAAAGGUGCCUUUUUGACGAACAACCCAUGCCCAGUUUGUCGUGACGUGUAUUUUGUUGUGGAUCACAGGCAUCCUAAACUUCUUAAGGAGUUUUUAGAUACCAACACAAUUCAAGUCUCUGACAACCAGAAAACGGGGGUCUGUUUUAAACAGCAGAGAAAUUUGAUAAGGGAGACCGAGCUGGCCAUUGAUAGAGGCUACAUGGAGGGUUAUGUCCCCUUCAGGACAUAUGAUAUGGACUACUACAAGUCUCUUGUGAACAAACCUGAGGAGAAGGAAAAGACAGAUGUUCCAUUUAAGAUUUUAAAUCCAGAGUUACUGCCUUAUAAUAUAGUGAAAAAACACUCGCAAUCCAGGAGGGAAAAUCCGGAAAAUGCUCGAAAUCCAGGUGGGAAGAGCAACUUAAAGACAUAGAAAACACUCAAACUCCAGACAGCCACUUGAAAAAAGACUUAAAACACAAAAAUGUCAAAGUACAAAAUUGUAUGUAUCGUAGCGUUUUCGUUUGACGUGAAGGAAUGGAGGAAUACCAUUGUCCAUCACAGAGCUCGGUGUUCCUGGUGUCAGUGUGGAUAUGUUGUGUAACCUGAUAGUGCUGUGUAACACUCAGGUGAUUUGUUCUAUAUCUGAUUUGGACUCGCUAAAUGUAAAGCACAUGUGCUCAUACUAAGCGAGUCUGGUCAAUGGAUUUUCAAGGGAGAUAAGCCAGGAGUUUUCCUUUUACCACAAUAACAUCAUCAAUGAAGGUGGAAUCCUGAAUGAUAGUUCAACUUUGCAGUAUUUUGGAUUUUAGCCUGCCAGUUUGGUGAAUAAAAGUGUUGCAAAACUUUUA